AUGUUUUCGGGGGGUUGCACAACAGAGCGGAGCCUUGUGCAUGUGAGCGCGCUGCCUCUGGUCGUGUCCCGAUUCUCGUGCUUUGUCGCUCAGCUAGACCCGACUCGCCGUAGCUUUGGGUUCCCGGCAUUCCUGGUGAGCGGAGUGGGACCACUCCAGGGCUGGUUGGGAGGCUCUCAGCCCCUCGUUUCACUCAGGUCUGAUCUGAACCAGCCUCUGAAACGGAGGGGAACGGAAUGGGGGUCCCUUUCAUGGAUCGAGUUGUGGUUUGUGGUCAGAGGGGAGGCUGGCAUUGGGGGUGGUGAGGCGUCCAGUGGAAGUAGAGUAAAGCUGAGAGCCGACGAUGCCAGCCCCGCCCCCCCCACCACCCCCAGGGCCCCCCCCUCCUCCUACACUUGCUUCUGUAAGUCGUUCUGUCUGUCUGUCCGUCCAGAGGACCCGCUCCUCCGUCCACCUCGCCCUGGUGGGCAGAGACCUCUUGCCAACACAGAGAAGCCGUCUCUGAACCGCUCGGAGCAGCAGGGGAGAAAUGCUCUUUUGACCGACAUCUGUAAAGGAGCCAGACUAAAGAAAGCUGUCACCAAUGACCGCAGCGGACCCGUUUUUGAGAAGCCCAAAGGAGGAGGAGGCGGGGGAGGAGGAGGAGGAGGAGGAGGAGGAGGGGGAGGAGGAGGUGGUUUUGGUGGUGGGUCUCCUGCUGGUUUGGGAGGCCUGUUUGCCGGGGGGAUGCCGAAGCUGAGGUCUGCGGGAAACAGGGAGUCCAACGGUAAAAAGAGACCAAUUCAGCCCCCAGCCGGGGGGCGAUACUUCCACCAGCCGGCCGCCCGGGGGGGCCCGGUCCUUUUGGCGGGGGCAGCCCCUCCGGCCCCCCUAAACUCCCAGGCGCCCGUAGCAACGCCCCGGAUCUCCCCAGGGGCCGCCCCAAUUUCUCCCCCAAACAGGAUUCCCCAGCCGCCCCCCCGCCCGUACCCAACACGCCCAGACCAGUCCAGAACUUCCAGUCCCGGGGGGGUCCUCCCUCGCUCCCUGGAGGGCCCAGACCCAGUCCGGCCUGUGCCCCCCCGCCACCCAGCGUCCCACCCGGGAGGCACGGUUCUCUCCCUCCCCCCCUACCAGGAAGUUCACCAGGCGGCGGGCCUCGACCGGGCUUCUCUGGGCCCCCGCCUCCACCCCCCAACAGCAGCAGACCCCCCCUACCUCCAACCCCAGGAGGGAGGCCCCCACUUCCUGAUGACCGGCCACCUCCACCCCCGGCCCCCUCGGGAGGCCACCGGCCCCAUGCUCCAGCCCCCCCACCUGGCCGGACAGGACCGCUUCCUCCUCCACCGAAUGAGAGACCUCCAUCUUUUGAAAGGAGCCAACCAUCAGGACGCACAGUUUUUUAUUUCUGCCUCUGAAGGCCCUCUUCCUCCACCACCCCCUUCAAACCGGAACGUGGGUGGGGGCAGCAUGAGGUGUUCGCCUGCAGCCUCCCCCGUUGGUCGGCCAGGCCCGGAGCCCCCGCGCGGCGGGCCAGGAGGUAGACCUCCACCCCCCCCGGACAGACCGGGAACAGGGGGGGGGUUCCCCCCUCCACCCCCACCCAUGGGGAACGGCUUCCAAAACUCCCAUCACAAUCAAGAUGAGUGGGAGUCCCGGUUCACUUUUCACCCAGUGUCGGACCUUCCUCCACCUGAGCCCUUCGUCCCCUUCCAGAAGUCCUACCCCAGCAAGGCCUCCAAGACAGACGGCAAGGGUCCUGGUAAAAAGGAAAGAGGGGCUCCUCCCCUUCCUCCAAUUCCCAGGUGAAGAAAACAUGGCCGCCAUUACAACAUUGCAACUACCCCCUGCUAGUCUACUUUUUUAUUUUUUCUCUUUGCUACGCUUAUUCCGCUUCGACCAGCACGUGGCUCAUAUUCGGACUUUAACACAGAAAAUGGACCCGACCAGAUGCCAGAAUGGACUCCCAAUUCUGAGUUCACAUCGAGUGCGUCUGUAGCAGGAUACAGGCUCCGCUUACACACCAAAGUUUGUUCAUAAAAGCUUUUUCAGGGGUAUUUUGCACACCGUGCUGUGUGCGAUUUCCAGAGCCUGUGACCAGGUGGAAUGUGUCAAACUCUGUUUCUAUAAUGCAUCAUAGCUUUAUUCCAGUAUCUUCACGUCUUCGCUAACACAGAUCCUUGGCACAACAAGCUUGCAAGAUGUCAUAUUUGAUCUGCCGGUUUCAUAAAUUCUGACUUGACAAAUGCAACAGGUAGCACUUGGGACUUUCACAGAUAGCACAAACAUGGGUUAAAACUAACUCUACACUUGAGUGAUGUGAGAGAGCGGGCCUUAUCAUGCAGAAGCUAUAAACUAAGUUGUUUGUGCCUUAUCUCCUCUGACUGUACCUGAGCUUAUUUCGGAGAGGAUAGGAGAGUUGCCUAUUGUGACUCCCUCUCCUGGAUCAGGUACAUUUAGAGUCAUAGAGACACCUGGGAUGAUAACCCAUUUUAAUGGCCACAACCUGCAGCUUGUGCUGCUCGGAAGAUCAGGGAAAUGAGGGUGUUUGAAGCCAGAUGUGCCUUCACAGUCUGAAUGUAGAUGUUCCUCUGUGUGAUUAUGUGGAAUCCACUGAACGGUACGCUUUAUUAGUCGGUUCCAUGCGAGGAGAGCAUGCUUGCAGUACUAAUGAUUCAGACGCUUUAAAGGAGAUUGUCGGGGGGUCACGGCAGCGUUGAUGAACAAUUGAGCUGACUCUUGUUUAUCUGUCAAAGCACUCUUGACGUACAAUGAAGGGCCUGUGUACGUAUGUGUAUGAUUUUACUCAGCUGAUGUUGAAGGAUGGUAAUAUUUUAAGUUAUGUUUUGAAACUGUGCAGUAUUACGUUCUUGCUUUAGACAGCAGUGCUUUGAAUGGUCUUUUGUGUUUGUCAGGUGUUACUGCCCUGUGUGUGUGUGAGUGUGUGUGUGUGUGUGUGUGUGUGUGUGUGAGUGUGCGAAAUGUUUUCUUUAAGACAAUCGUA